CUUGACCACUCCUUGUUUUUUCCCGAGGAAACCAAAAGGAAAAUCAACCCAUUGCAUUUUCUUCCACAUUUUCCCGGGAAAAAAAACGAUAUAAAGGCUCAUUGACUUGAAGAAAAGCAUGUCUUCUUCUUCCUCUGUGAACAACUGACAACCCUUUGUGGUUACCAGCCCUUUUUGAUGGAUUUUUGAGCUGUUUUGAGGCUUACUGAGUCUGCUGUUUGGAUUCUGAAAUAUCUCUGCUGUUGUUCUUUAGAAAUUUUGAUUUUGAUUUUUGAGCCGCUGAUCCAGAGACUUGCAAGAGAACCGAAUGAGGGUUGAAUGAGGGUUGCUUGUUCUCUCAGUUUUGUUUGAAGGUUGCUUGGCUGUUCAUUGGUGUCUGGAGAGUAGAGAAAUUGAGUCAAAGGAUAAAGAGCUACACGAACCUCCCUCUUUGGUUUGAAUAAGAAGAUUUGGCAUAGGAAUAGCUAUAACAAUGGAGUUCAUACCAAUAGGAACCAUCUUAACCGUGCUCCUGAGCCAGGUCAACAAAACAGCUCAAGCUGCAAAGGAUAUUGUUUUCGAAAAGGAGAGUUUCAAGGCUCUCUCAGAGCACCUUUCUGACAUCAAGCCAGUCUUAGAGGAAUUACAACACCAAAAACUCAACGAUUCACAAGCAGCAAGGCAGGCUUUGGAAUUCCUCGAAGCCGAUGUGAGAAAAGCCAACAACUUGGUUGAAAACUACAAAAACCGUGCCCGUUUCUACUUACUUGUCAAAUGCCGGAACAUAGUCAAAGAAGUGCAAGAUGUCACAAGGGAUAUCGGAAGGUCUUUGGCUGCUUUAUCUCUUGUAAACAUUGAAGUCCUUUCGGGGAUAUCUGAACAAGUGAAUAGGUUACAAAAUGAAAUGCAAAGGGCGGAAUUUGAAGCUUCUCAUUCUCGUCUUGAAAUUGUCGACAAGUUGAAUCAGGGUCUUACUGAUAAUAAACUUGACCAGGAUUUUGCAAACGACAUGCUGAAAGAAAUAGCAAAGGCAGUUGGGGUGGCGGUGGAGCCCUCAGAGAUAAGCAAAGAGCUGGAAAGCUUUAGAAGGGAAAAGGAAGAAGCUGCCAAUAGGAAAGAAAGAGCUGAAGUCUUCUUUUUGAAUCAGGUUAUUGAGUUGCUCUCGCGCGCUGAUGCUGCAAGAGAUUUCGAGCAAAUCAGGAAACAAUACUUUCAACGACUUAAGGUGAUAGAGAGUUAUGAUCCAAAAGAUGAAUGUAUUCGGCCAUUUAAAGCGUUCUUAUGUUGCAUCAACAGAACAGUGAUGGAUGAUCCUGUUAGCCUUUGUACUGGAACUGCUUGUGAGAGGACAGCACUUGAAGCUUGGUUUAAGCGCGGAGAGAAAACUGAUCCAGAAACUGGUGAUCCACUUGAGGAUUUUUCUUAUAGGUCUAACAUUCAACUCAGACAGUCGAUUCAAGAGUGGAAAGAACUUAAUUACUGUGUUAAAAUCAGAUCAUGCAAGGUAAAACUGCUGUCAGAAAUUGACUCGUCUGUGGAGGCGGCCCUGGACCAGAUGCAGGAGCUUAUGAAGGAGAAUUCAGUUAACAGAGACUGGAUUUCAAUUGGGGGUCUUACUGAUACUGUUGUCGCUAUGAUCGGAAGCUCACGCAACAGAGAUGUGAAAGAAAAGAUAUUGGUUACCUUGAAAGAUCUUGUAGAAGGGAAUCUGAGAAAUAAGAAUAAAGUGGUUGAGUCCGAGGGGUUUGAUCACAUCAUUCCAUGCUUAGGGAUUGACUCAAGCCUAUCAGAUGCUGCAGUUGAGUUGCUAUAUGUGUUACUGCAAGAUAGAUCCAGAUGGGAUGCAUCUGUUUCCCGGAAACUUUCUUACCACCGAUGUGCAAUCCAUUUCCUUGUUACCUUCCUCAACAGUCCAGACAGAAGGUCAACAGAAAAAGCUGAAGAAAUCUUGAUGAAGCUCUGUGAUGAAGAUGAGGAGAACAUUGUCCGUGCCGCUGAGGCAGACUGGUUCCAACCACUUAUUGGCUGUAUAAUUCGAGGGUCAGAAUCCUCAAGGAUAUCAAUUGUGAGAGCACUUGUUAGCAUGGAACUUGAUGAACAAAACAUAAUGCUACUCGGUGAGGCGGGAGUGAUCCCUCCUUUGCUUGAAAUGGCAUCUGGAAAUAUUGAGUCGAAAGAGCUGUCUUUAUCUGCAUUGGUUAAGCUAUCAGGUUGUCAUGAAAACAAGAAGCGUGUUGCUGCUGCUGGUGGGGUUCCUCUUCUUCUCGAGCUAACCUUCUCUUUCCAUUUACGCACGAUUAUAAUAGCAAAAUGCUCUGAGGUCCUUGAAAAACUUGCUUCCAAUGGUGAUGGGACUAAAUUCUUUGUCGAUGAAAGAGGGAACCAACUUGAGGUGGAGCCAAUCAUCACCAAUUUGUUAGCUUUUCAGCAGAAUCCCAACACAUCAUAUAUGGUGAGGCGACCUGCCCUUCGCACGCUUCUUAAAAUUUGUCAAUCUGAAUCUGGACUUGUUAAGAUGGCUAUUCUCUCUUCAAGUGGUGUUUCAUUAAUCCUUCUUCUUCUUGAUGACUCUGAUCUUGAAAUCCGUGCAACUGCGAUACAUCUUCUCUUCCUCUUCUCACAGCAUGAGCCAGAAGGAGUGGUGGAAUACCUUCUCAAGCCAAGAAGGCUUGAGGCUUUAGUGGGUUUUCUAGAAAAUAACAAAAAUAGUGACGUACAAAUGGCUGCAGCUGGUUUACUGGCCAAUCUUCCAAAGUCAGAAGAAUCACUCACCAAGAAACUGAUAGAAUUGGAUGGUCUGAGUUCAAUUAUAAGCAUAUUAAGAUCGGGGUCAAUGGAAGCACAAGAAAACGCUUUGAGCGCUCUUUUCAGGUUUACAGACCCCACAAAUAUGGAGUCACAGCGGAUUGUGGUCGAACUAGGUGUAUACCCUUUGCUUGUGAAAUUUCUGGAGUCAAGUUCAGUGACAGCAAAGGCAAGAGCAGCUGCUUUAAUUGGAAACCUUUCUUUAAGCAGUCCCAAACUAACUGUUCUGACCAAAACAGUUGGUUUCUGGUGUUUUCGUCCACCACGCGGCCCUUUAUGCCCGGCCCAUGGGGGUACUUGUAGUGUCAAUACCACAUUUUGCAUGUUGGAAGCAAAUGUGGUUCUUAAAAUGGUCAAUAUGUUGCACGAAAGGGUUCACGCGACGACCUAUGAAGUAAUUCAGGCGCUUUCAACUCUCGUUCGCGCAGAGUCUCCUCAAAAAGGGGCCAAUGUUUUGCAUCAAUUUGAAGCAAUUCAGCCGAUAUUGGAGGUUUUGAGCUGGGGAAGUGAGUCAUUAAAGGAAGAGGCAUUGAGGCUAUUGGAAAAGGUUUUUACAUCGAGGGAAGUGGUGGAGGUUUAUAGAGCGGCAGCUAGGCUAAUGCUUGUUAGAUUGACUGGUUCCAGCAUAAACGAAGGGGGGAAGCUUCAAAGGAAGGCGGCUACAGUUUUGGCGAUGGUUGAACGUUAUUCGAGGUCGUCGAGACCUCUGGUUUCUGGGUUAAGCAGAUGAAAAAAUCCUGGUGAUUUCAAUGGAAUAGAGAACUCAACCGUUUUAGGUGUAGUUGGCUUUCCAAAUGGAUCAGGUACAAUUUUUUUGAUACUAGCAGUGGAGCAGGGGGCUCUCGGGGUUCGAACCCAGGUACAUGACCGGGUCCGGGAUAGCACUUAAGUGCUCAGUUUGCACCACUGCCUUAUCACCCCAUUGCUCAAAUUGAUUAGUUACAUUCAGAACAAUUAGAAUGAGAUCCAAGUGUUUGGGAAUUUUUAGCCAUUAUAUAUACCUGUAAGUAUAUGAGAAAAUUUUCAAUGUAAUGGUUAUUUGUAGCGCAUCUCUCAUAUUGGGGUGGGACCCACACAUACAUGGGGCCCACAUCAUGUGAGAGGGCGUUACAUAUAACCGUUGCAUUGAAACAUUUUUCUUAAUCUAGGCAUAUAUAAAAGAGUGCCAGGUAGUUUCGAAAAGAGGGGAACACCUGACUGUUGCCUUUCCUGUGUACAUGAGUACUAAUAUCCUUCCCUCCAGUUGCACUCUAUAGAUUUAGUUUACCUAA